CCGAUCACCACCAACAACUCCUCCCAGCCAUGGCGCCCGUGCCCAUGCCCUCGGCGCUCAGCUUCGAGCUGCUGGGCAAGUGCUCUGUCACCAAAGCACGCGCCGCAACCCUCCACCUGCCCCACGGCCCCGUCCCGCUGCCCAUCUUCAUGCCGGUGGCCACGCAGGCCUCCCUCAAAGGCCUGACGCCCGAGCAGCUCGAAGAGCAGGGAUGCAGGCUCUGCCUCAACAACACGUACCAUCUAGGUCUUAAGCCGGGCCAGGCCACGCUCGACGCGAUCGGCGGCGCGCACAGGUUCCAGUCGUGGCCGCACAACAUCCUCACAGAUAGCGGUGGCUUCCAGAUGGUAUCGCUGCUCAAGCUGGCGCAGGUCACCGAGGAGGGCGUGCGGUUCCUCAGCCCGCACGACGGAUCGCCCAUGCUGCUCACCCCGGAGCACUCGAUAUCUUUGCAGAACUCCAUCGGCUCCGACAUCAUCAUGCAGCUCGACGACGUGAUCGUGACGACUUCGCCUGAUCUGGCGCGCAUGAAGGAAGCCAUGGAGCGCUCGGUGCGCUGGCUGGAUCGGUGCAUCCAGGCGCACAAAUACCCGGAACGACAGAAUCUUUUCUGCAUUAUACAAGGCGGAUUAGACCUGGAUCUACGGCGAGAAUGCACGGCUGAGAUGGUGGCGAGAGAUACGCCUGGUAUUGCAAUAGGAGGGCUAUCAGGCGGCGAGGCAAAAGACGAGUACUGCAAGGUGGUAGACACUUGUACGAGCUUGUUGCCAGAGAAGAAGCCGCGUUAUGUCAUGGGUGUGGGCUACCCUGAAGACUUGGUGGUUUCGGUCGCUUUGGGCGCCGACAUGUUCGACUGUGUAUGGCCAACUCGAACGGCUCGUUUCGGCAAUGCCAUUACUGCCCGCGGGGUGCUCAACCUUCGCAAUGCAGUUUACUCAACCGACUUUGGCCCCAUCGAAGAAGGCUGCCAAUGUACGUGCUGCCGGUCUCCAGAGGACGGCGGCUUGAGUAUCACGCGUGCCUAUAUCUACCACACAACUGCAAAGGAGACUGCAGGUGCUCAUCUGCUCACUAUGCACAACGUCCACUACCAGCUCAAUCUCAUGCGACUGGUCCGCGAAGCCAUCCUCGAGGAUCGGUAUCCAGCUUUCCUGCGGAGCUUCUUUGCCAAGCUGUACGAUGACAAGAGCAAAUACCCGGAGUGGGCGGUCGGCGCUCUGAAGGGUGUCGGGGUUGACCUGCUGAGUGACUAGGUGCGGUAUGCGGUGUUGGUUGAAAAAGCGUGCCUGGGAAAGUAAACAAGACAGACUUCGGGCUUGUCGUCGCUUCGACCCAGCGAACAGUGAAGCAAUAAACAUAGAUGGCUUAUGUGUGCUGUCAAUUCCCGGCAUG